AACUUGUGGGAGGAGCAUCUGGAUCACUGCCACACUUCAGCAACCUAGAGUUGUUCACUUCCAUGAAGAAUCGGUCCAUCUGGGCCUGCAAACACAGCGGAAAACUGGCCUCCGCAGCUUAGCGCUUGGUUGAUUUCGACCUUUGACUGUCAGUUAUAGGAACCGGAGCAGGAACAGAGGGAGGCGGAUCCGAGAGGAAAACAGAACGCUGUGUUACGGGGAGUGACCGUGAUGAUGGCGUCCCACGGUAACACCGGCAGCGCCUCCAGCCCGAUGGUCAUGCUCGCCCCCAAAACCAAGACCAAAAAGAAACAUUUCGUGCACCAGAAGGUGAAAGUGUUCCGAGCGAGCGACCCAAUGCUCAGCGUGUUCAUGUGGGGCGUUAAUCAUUCGAUAAAUGAUUUGAAUCAAGUUCCAGUGCCUGUCAUGCUGCUUCCUGACGACUUCAAGGCCAACACCAAGAUUAAAGUCAACAACCAUCUCUUCAACAAGGAGAAUCUUCCGAGCCAUUUUAAAUUUAAGGAGUACUGUCCACAAGUCUUCAGGAAUCUCAGGGAGCGAUUCGGAAUUGAAGAUCUUGACUACCAGGUGUCCCUGGCCCGCAGUGCUCCCAUGAGAGGUGAAGGUCAGGGGGAAGGUCUUCUCUUCACGUCCUAUGACCGUACACUGAUAGUAAAGCACAUCACGAGCGAAGAAGUAGCUGAUAUGCAUAACAUUCUCUCCGAGUAUCACCAGCAUAUAGUGAAGUGUCAUGGCAGUACACUCCUCCCUCAGUUUCUGGGCAUGUACCGGGUUACGGUGGAGAGCGAGGACACGUACCUGAUCGUCAUGAGGAACAUGUUCAGCCACAGACUCGUUGUCCACAGGAAAUACGACCUAAAGGGCUCCCUGAUAGAUCGUGAGGCCAGUGACAAAGAGAAGGUCAAAGAGCUGCCCACUUUUAAAGACAUGGAUUUCAGAAAUAACAUGCAGAAGGUGUACGUCACCGAAGAGCAGAAAGAGAAGAUUAUGGAGAAACUAAACCGAGAUGUAGAGUUCCUGGUGAAGCUGAAGAUAAUGGACUACAGCCUGUUGUUAGGCAUCCAUGACAUGGCACGUGGCGAGCGGGAGGACGAGGAGGCCGAGGAGCCCAGCUGUGAAGAUGAUACUGAUCCUGAAAACGGCCUUGUGCCGGCCGUGCAGGUGGGCUCGUACGGCACGUCACCGGAGGGCAUCGCCGGUUACAUGAACUCCUUCAAACCCCUGGGACCUGGAGAAUUUGACCCUUAUGUUGAUGUAUACGCUGUCAGAAGCGCCCCAGGAGCGCCGCAGAGGGAGGUGUAUUUCAUGGGCCUCAUUGACGUGUUGACGCAGUACGACACUAAGAAGAAAGCUGCACACGCUGCAAAGACCGUUAAACAUGGCGCUGGUGCUGAAAUAUCUACGGUUCAUCCCGAGCAGUAUGCCAAACGAUUCCGUGAAUUCAUCUCCAAUAUUUUUGCAUAACUACUACUGGGUGUCUUUAGCAACACUUCAAGGUCACAUUUCACCCCAAAAUCAAAAGGAAAAAACAGAAAUUAUAUUUUGCGUAAAGAAAUCAGGUCUAAUUUUAAGACUGUUAAGUUAUUUUUCACUGUGACAUUAUUUUUAUGACAAUAAACACAUUUGCCCCUGUUACUAUAAUAUGUCCAGAUGUAUUUUUUUGUGAUUCUCAUUGCAGUAAUACACUAAUUGUUUUAAUGAAAUUCUUUUUUGUCUAAUAUAUAUGUUUGUGUGUGUGUGCAUAUGCACACAGAUCAAAUGUAUUAUGAACUAUAUAUUUGUGUGUGUAUAUAUAUGAGAGAGAGCGAUGUAUUAAUUUUAUUUAAAAAGUACUGUUAUUGAGUAUGAAUAUAGAAAACAAAUUGAAGCAUUUCUUAUAUACACACACAGACAAUAAUAUUAAUCAAUACAGUAAUUUUUAUUAAUAUUGUUAGGUUAUAAUAUUAGGAUAUUAUUAUUUAUACAACAAUUGGAAAUACGUCUCAUUGUAAUUCUUUUUCUAUAUUUUGUAUGUAUUUACUAUUACAUUGUGUGUGUGUGUGUGUGUGUGUGUGUAUUCAUGUAUGUAUAUAUACACACCGUGUAUAUAUACACACGUUUUGCAUUAUUUGAGAAUUUGGAGGGGAAAUGUGUUUUAUUAUAAAAAUAAAGUCUGAAAAAAAAAUCUUAAUAGUGUUUAAUAGAUUACAUUUUUAAGCAAAAUAUAAUGUUUUAGUUUAUUUCUUAUUCUAGGGUGGCAUGCACUGUUCUUCAUGUGCGUCACAGGUUUUGUCAGAUUCCCUCAACAUGUUUUUGCGGUCUCCGUCUACUGCCGUCCCAUAGGUUGAUUGAUUUUUUUUAGCCUCUCUUAGAUGCUUCAUAUUUCAGAUAUUUUCAUAACCUGUUAUUUAAGUACAACAUGUUGACAGGAACUAGACCUUCUCUUAAACACUACAGCUACAGUACAUUCAUUAAGUAUGUAUUCACACAUGAAUGACACUAGAAUAGAUUCACAUGAAUCGGCUCGUGGCACAACCUACAAACAUAGGAACGUUGCCUAAUCUGUUAAGGAGAAUAACUCCAAACCUGUAGCAGUGACAUAAUGUGCUCUUGGUGUGUUCUCUCUCUUUCUAUGGACUUUGGCUUGGCAGAGAGGGAAACCUUCGCCUUAACCGCUUGCAGAACUGAUUGUAGAGAAAAGCAGAAACUCAUGUUGUCCGAUGCUUUGAGUGCAUGCUAGCUUCACUUGAAUUAUUACACAGCACUAGAAUGAUGUGAGGAGGAUGACACACAAGCCAGUGACCCUAAGUGUACAAUAAGGGUCUAGAUUAAAGUAAUAUUAUGAACUGAAUGCUGACUGUUUAUAUUGAUAGAUGGAGCACACCCAUAUCUCUUAUUUGAACUAUUUUAUGCAGUUAGCCUUAAUGCAGACAAGAGGAGUUUUGUACUAUGUAGUAGAAAUAUUCUACCAACACUGAGCUGAUUUAGUAUGAAAUGCCUUAUUGUUGCAUUUUUAUUUUGCAAAUCAGUGUUUGGACCAAAUAUGUUUUUCAGAGAUUUCCCAAAGCAUAGUUUCUGUUAUCUGUUCAUUUAAGGUUUGUACAAUUACAAUUGGCACAAAUACACUAUGUCCAUAAUCACUGUACUUGAAAUGGUAUUUUUUUAGAGCCGUUUUAAAACAUGAAGAUGUUACAUUAAGACAUUGUGUUCACAUAAUGCAUGUAACGACUGUAAUUACCAAUAAUGUGCAUUCCUAAGUACAAUAAAAAAAAAAGAAUUAUUA